AUGCUGGAAUCAAUAGACGGUCUAGGUCUAGGCGGGCCUUCCGUACAGCAACGGACGGAUCAAUGCAGACCAGACUAUGCAAACGAGGCGAUUUUCCGCCGAAAUACUUUGCCGGCGCGCUCUUACUGGAUCCCAAAGACCUCCCUGUCACUCAACGGUGCCUGGGAGUUCCAUUACGCCGGCAGUCCUCUUGAAGCUGCUGAUUUCCAUCAACAACCAAAUGCCUGGACCACCAUUCAAGUGCCGGGACAUUGGCAGCUUCAAGGCCAUGGCCAGCCUCACUAUACCAACAUCGUCUAUCCAUUUCCAGCAUGUCCACCACAUCUUCCAGAUGAGAACCCUACGGGCACAUACCGGCGUACUUUUUCUGUGCCUCCUGAUUGGGAUAGUAGUGCUCAACUUCGCCUCCGCUUUGACGGUGUCGACAGUGCAUAUCACGUUUGGCUUAACGACGAGUUCAUCGGGUACGCUCAAGGCAGCCGAAACGCAUCCGAGUUUGACAUCACGGCCGCCGUAAAACGCGACAUACCCAAUAAACUCCUGGUUCGCGUUUACCAGUGGUCGGACGGCUCCUAUAUCGAGGAUCAGGACCAGUGGUGGCUUUCCGGGAUUUUUCGGGAUGUCCAUCUCAUAGCAUUUCCAGCGACAUGCCGAAUCGAUGACUUUUUCGUUCGGGGCGACUUAGACUCUACCUAUGAGCAUGGCUUCCUCCGCGUCACGGUCGAUGUCCAUAGCCCGAAGGGUGGGCUUGUCGCCGUUGUCCUGCGUGAGAAGACUAGUCGCGGAGGCAAGACCAUAGCCAGUGGCGAGGUGGGCUUUGGGACAAAUACUACCAAAGUCGACCUUGAGAUAUACGUGGACAAUCCCAGCAAGUGGACGGCGGAGACUCCUUAUCUGUACGAGGUCGAGAUUACAUUGACGGAUGGCAGUAAUUUGGAUCGUGUCGAACAUUCUACUGGCUUUCGAAGCGUCGAGCUCAAGAAUGGCCUGCUCACUGUCAACGGAAAAGCCCUCCGACUCCGCGGUGUGAACCGGCAUGACCACCAUCCUCGGUUAGGUCGUGCAGUACCCCUUGAAUUCGUCCGGCACGACCUGGUGUUAAUGAAAAGACACAACAUCAAUGCCGUACGUUGCUCGCACUACCCGUCCCAUCCAGGUCUUUUUGAGUUAGCCGACGAGAUCGGCCUCUGGGUUAUGGACGAGGCCGACUUGGAAUGUCAUGGGUUCUCCGAGGUCGUGGCCACCAAUACCGCAGACUGGGAUGGCGGAGAAGCUUCGUACGAGCGAUGGAUUGGCACGGUGUCUAAGGAGGCGAGAAAGUACUUGUCGGACAAUCCGUCGUGGAAAGACGCGUACGUCGACCGGGCGGUCCAGAUGGUACAGCGAGACAAGAACCACCCCAGCGUGAUCAUCUGGUCGCUCGGCAACGAGGCAUUCUGCGGGAAGAAUCAUGUCGCAAUGUACGAAGCGUGCAAGCGCCUUGACCCGAGUCGUUUGGUCCAUUACGAGGGAGACACCGACAUGGGGACAACGGACAUCUAUGCCUACAUGUACACGGCCGUGGAUGCCCUUGUGGAGAGAGCCUCGAGAAGAGGCGUCGCCGUGGACGGCACAUUCACAAAACCAGUGAUACUAUGCGAGUACGCCCACGCCAUGGGCAACGGUCCCGGUCUGCUCGAAGACUACGAAGAGGUCUUUCGUACGCAUCCACGCAUCCAGGGCGGUUUCAUCUGGGAGUGGGCCAACCACGGCCUCUACCAGGUUCACCCCGAUGGCAAAGCGUUUCACGCACAUGGCGGAGACUUCGGCCAGAAGAUCCACGACGGCACCUUUGUCAUGGACGGGCUCUGCAACAGCGAGCAUGAGCCCACACCGGGUCUCACAGAACUGAAGAAGGCCUAUCAACCUAUCUCUAUUGAUCUGGUGGAUCGAAACUUGAUCGUUUCGAACGCUUAUAACUUUAUCCACCUUGAACAUUUAGAGGUGACAUUCAAAGUCGAAGCAUUUGGCGAAAUCGCCAAUAUACUGGUGGAGGGCCAGCUAAAACUUCCUUCUAUUGCACCUGCUGCAACAGAGGCUGUCAGGCUUCCUGACACUGUGUUUGAGCAGAGGUCCAAGCUCGAGUUGAUGCUCACUGUCAUCUUUCGACUGGGUGAAGCUGCAAGUUGGGCAGAGCGGGGCUAUGAAGUUGCCUGGUUCCAGCAUCAACUCUCGCCAGCGUAUCGUCUCCCAAUCUCCUUGCCCCAAGGGACCUUCGUGCCAAUAAUUCACAAUGACAAUUCUACCCUGACGAUCUCCACAGCUAAGUCCACAUUCACUUUCAACCGAGUACGCGGUCUUCUCAGAUCCUGGACCACUCCUUGCGGCCCAGUCAUCCCAGAGUCCUCAGACCGUAAGGAAUCACUGAUGCCUGGCUUUUGGCGCCCACCCACGGACAAUGACAUGUCAAGGGCCCUUCCACAUUGGCGAUCUUUUGGUGUUGACAAGGUCACUUCCCAGCUUCGUUCCAUGAUGCUCGACCAAAAAUCUCGAUCUCACACCGUCGUCCUGACAACGCAGACAUAUAUCGCUCCGCCCUGUCUGGGUUGGGGCUGGCAUGCAACCACCACUUAUCAGAUCCAGGCGGACGGCUCUGCACUGUCAGUCUUCGUCCACUUGGACAAGCCCGUAGGUAUUGUCCCUCAACAUCUCCCUCGAAUGGGAUUCGAUCUUGCGCUCGCGAAGACUCUCAGCCACGUCAAGUGGCUUGGUCGUGGGCCUGGGGAGUCGUAUCCCGACAAGAAAAGCAGUCAGCGCAUCGGCAUUUGGGACGUCGAUGAUGUUGUUCAAUUGCAAACUCCGUACGAUGUUCCUCAAGAGAAUGGCAAUCGUAUGGACACUCGCUGGCUAGAGCUGGCUGCUGGGGGAACAGGUCCGACAGUGAGGGUGACAGGCAUUGACACGCCGUAUCCCUUCGAGUCUGUCAAUGCUGCACAGGAUCCGGCCAGUCAGUCCAGAUCGGUGCCGCAGCCAGUUUUCAACUUUACGGCAACGCGGCACUCAGCCGACACGCUCGAGAAGGCUCCACAUCUUUGUGAUCUCGUCGAGGAAGAAGCCACUUUGCUUCGUCUAGACGCGGCUGUCAGCGGGGUGGGAACCGGUGCCUGUGGCCCUGCUACACGGGAACGAGAUCUGGUAAAGCCGAUUGGUGCCAGUUUCGGGUUCGUGUUGGCAUUGAAGUAG